AAAUACCGAUCUACGAGCUCUGAUCUAAGGAAAAGAGUGGCGAAGCGGGCCUAAAGAGAAGCAACAGGAGUUUGGCAGCAUUGAAGAUAAUGUGCAAAAGAAAGGCUGUUUUUCUUCUUUUGCUGGCGUACGCCGCGACAGUAGCUCCAGAAAGUCGGCUACCAAGUGCAGAAAACCAAUUUGAUCAACAAGAUGGCGAACUCCUGAAACUUCGAGAAGACAAGCAAGCUGUGAAUGAUGAAGACGAAAGAUUUCUGGACGAAGACAAUGUACUGGACGGAACUCCUCACAUGGAUUUUCAGAGCAAAGAAGAAGCGUCACAGAGCCAAACCGUCAACGAAGACAAGGUGCCAACCACAAACGAUGACGACGAAGACAAGGCGUCGACCACAAACGAUGACGACCAAGACAAGGCGUCUACCACAAACGAUAACGAAGAAUUCGAGGAAAUCGAAAAAAACCCUCCGGUAGAACCAGCCGAAUACACUAUUUCUGAAGAGAAGAGAAAGGACCUGCUUCGUCAAAUUAUCGAAGAAGAAAGUACACCCUCUAGUGAUGAAGAUGAUGGCGAUUAUGAAGAGCCUGACGACGACCAGCCUGUCCAUCCAAGCCAUUACAGCGUCCCUGAAGACGAAAUCACAAGCGCCGAUGAAGAUGAAGAUGAUGAUAAAGAUGAAAAAGAGGAUGAAGAUGAACUUGAAGAGAAAGAGGACUGGAGUAAGAAUAAGACGAAGAAGAAGACAAAGGAGAAAACAAAAGAGAAGAUUAAGUCAAAGACGUUACAACGACGGGGACUUUUCAAGAGACAAUACAAGCCGUGGUCGAGAUGGAAAACAUACUCCGUACCGAGAGAGCGGGAAUUUCCUAAUUACUGGCAGACCAAAUGUUGCGGAGGUUGUCUUACAGGGUGUGGCCCGGUUGCUUGGGCAUCAGUAUUUGGCUAUUAUGAUCGGUUAGCUCACAUCUCUCCCAAGUACCACUUCAGCAAAGAGCUUUACCGCUGCCACAACGGUGUUUGGGGCUCUCCGAAGUGCGUAGCACCUAAAAAGGUCACUUGGACUGUACGAAAAUACAUUGAAGCCAUCCGAAAACAAGUAAGAACCUAUUGCAAGAAGGGCUUGGGUUUGACCAACGCAAAAGGUAUGGGAAAAAUCCAACCUUGGUACCGAGCCAGACAGGGUUACGAAGCCUACAUCUCCAAAUAUUGGAAAAAGCUCUCUUAUAAUCUUGGCUGGCCACGGCCUUGGAUCAAACACAAGGCGGCUAAUGCCAUCAAGAAGGGCCUUCCAGCGGUAAUGGCGUUCCACACGAAGAAAAAAGGCAAGGGUCGGCACCUUGCUGUGGCAACGAAGUACAAGCGCAGGUACAGGAAGUGGCGUCGCUGCAUCAAGGUGUUUUGGAAGUGGAAGUGCUUUAAAUGGAGGCAUACCCAAGUUCAAGACAGGUUUUACAUGCACAUGGGCUGGCGUCCCUACAAGAACGGAUGGUGGCUCAUCAAAACCUAUGCUGCCUUUGUGGCACGCAAGCACUAAGAACAGUAAUACACUAUUGAUAAGACGCUUUUAAAAAGCUUUAAUAAGACAAUCCAAACAGUAAGAAAAUAAGCAGAUCUAACAGAUACAUCCGUACCAGCCUGUUCCCAGACGCUGUUAUCGGGCUUCCUGUGCAAGAUGAACCGUGAUGUAGCGUAGGGCCGGGGACUUUGGCUAUCUGUGACGUCACAACUCUUACUAAGCACAGGAAACCUAUAAUAAUCCGAGACUAGGCUGGAGAUCAUAAAGUCAUUGUCAUAGUGGCAACUGUUUACAGAAUGUUGAAAAAUUCAGUAAACAAACCGAUUAAAGCUCAUUGUAUUAAAUGCAGAUUUAAUAUAAAAAAAAACAGAUGGCCCA